AGAAAACAUGGAAAGCAUCGAAAAAAUGAUUGGUUUGACCACAAAAUCCAUUUCCCAUCCAUCAGAAGGAAACGAUAAUUUCAAGUAUGACUGGAAUAAAGAGCCGGAAUUACCCGUUGAGGACAUGGAAUAUACCGAACCAUUCAGUGUAUACAUAAAGAUUGUGAUCGGACUGGUGUUGGGACUCACAAUACUAGUAUCAAUAUUGGGAAACAUUAUGGUUUGUUUGGCCAUAUCUAGCGAUAGAAGACUUAGAAGACUCGGCAAUCUGUUUCUGGCAUCACUUGCAUUAGCCGAUUUAUUUGUGGGCUGUUUGGUGAUGACGUUUGCUUUGGCUAACGAUCUCAUGGAGUACUGGAUGUUUGGACCACAACUAUGCGAAAUAUGGAUUGCAUUUGAUAUCAGUUGUUGCACGUGCUCUAUACUGAAUCUGUGUGCCAUUUCAUUAGACCGUUUUGUACAUAUCAAGGACCCCAUGAGUUAUAAUCGAUGGAUGAAUAAAAAGAUAAUCUUUUGUGCCGUUUCUGGUAUUUGGUUGGUCUCAGGAUUCGUCUCUUUUGUGCCAAUCAGUCUGGGAUGGCAUAAGCCUACGGCAAACACCGAUAUUGACAAAAAUGUUACUCUAAUUACCGAUAUAUUAGAUGAUAGACCUCAAUGUGCUCUCGACCUCACCCCUACCUAUGCUUUAGUCAGUUCAACCAUCAGUUUUUACCUGCCGUGUAUAAUAAUGGUCGCACUAUACGCCAAAUUGUAUGCCAUUUGCCAAAAACACGUCAAAAGUAUUAAAUCUAUGACAAAACCGAUUCAUGUGAGCGGACAGACCUAUAAUCAUCACAUCACCGAACAUAAGGCUGCCAUCACUUUAGGUGUAAUUAUGGGCACAUUCUUAGCGUGUUGGACACCAUUCUUCUGUAUGAAUAUAGUGGCCGCUUAUUGCAAGACAUGUAUACCCAGUCUAGCAUUUAAAGUGCUCACAUGGCUCGGUUAUUUCAAUAGUAGUCUUAAUCCAGCAAUUUAUAGUAUAUUUAACACUGAAUUUCGUGAAGCGUUUCGCCGCAUAAUAAUUAGUUAUAUCGCUCGCGAUCAGUGCUGUAAUAACAACUCGGAUAUUAGGCAACGGUGUUCCUCUCGUUCCGGUGCUGACCACUGCGGUAUAGGUGGUGGACCUACAGGUCAUUGCCAGGACUACUCUCCAUCACCGCAUCACAUCAUCACAACUAAUAUGAAUAAUAUGACUUCCAGUGAUAUAUUUCCGGUGUCCACUCGUAACAAGAUUGAGAUCAAUCAAUCAAAUCUGUCCGACGGAAGAAUCACCGAUAUAUGA